GCCUAGCGGGUGGUGAGGGAGGGAAACAGUGCAGUGGAGUGAGAGGGAGAGACUAGGCAGGUGUUAAGCUCAUACUGUGUGAGAGAGUGAACAAGAGAGAGAGGGGGAACCAGGGAGUGAGAGAGAUAGAGAGAGAAAAACAGUGAGGAAAUGGUAAAAAGGCUAAAGCGCUAACUGUAUAGAUAGAAGGCUGGAGGCAGACGACACAUAGUGGUGGUAGAGAGAGAGAGAGAGUGUUGUAAGACUAAUAAUUUCAAGAGAAGCAGACACAGACUCCCAGAGAGAGAGAAAGAGACGUAAACAUCAUGCUAAGGAGGAAGAGGAGUGUGUCCUUCGGAGGGUUUGGAUGGAUUGAUAAGAGUACUGUCAGUGCACUCAGAGCACGGAAGCAGGAGAGAGAGCUGCUGACCAUCUCUAAUGUUCCCCUGGCUGACUGCCCCCCCUCUCCUCCGCGCACCGCACCCCCCACCAUGAAGUCUGCCCAUUUCUUCGACAUGAUGGAGAAGAUGGAGCAGGUACCAGAGGUAGCAGAAAAAACAGUGGCUGGUCCUCAGAGACUGAAGGAUGACUACAUCCCAUACCCCAGGAUAGAGGAGGUGCUGGAGAGGGGUGGUCCGUACCCCCAGGUGAUCCUGCCAGAGUUUGGGGGAUACUGGAUCGAGGACCCUGACGCCCUCUUCCCCACACCCCCUUCUCGGUACCCCAACCUGUGUGACAGGGGGGACGAUGGAGGGGGAGGAGAAGGGGAAGAGGGGGACGCUGCCCUAGUGGGUUAUGGGUACCGGCUGGAGAGUAACGACGCAGCACGCGCCUACAGGAAGCACUUCCUGGGCAAGGACCACUUGAAUUUUUACUGCAUGGCCAGUAGUCAUGGCAACCUCAUUCUGUCUGUGAAACACGAGGAAGUGAAGGGUCAGGAGUAUCUACAUGUCAUCCUCAGGUCUAGGAUGAAAACAAUGUAUGAUAGGAUCUCUCUAGCAGAACUUCCUGAGCUGCCUAGUGUCCCUCAACUAGCCAAGCUGCUGUGUGAGGAUGCUGUUGGUCUCAGAUUCAGUCCAGUUCUGUAUCCCAAGGCCUCUCAGCUCAUAGUGAGCUAUGAUGAACAUGAGGUGAACACCACCUUCAAGUUUGGGGUCAUCUACCAGAGGUUUGGACAGGUUUCGGAGGAGGAGUUGUUUAGAAACAGUGAGGAGACACCAGCCUUCAUUGAGUUCCUCAGUUUACUGGGAGAGACUGUAGAUCUACAGGACUUUAAAGGGUUCCGUGGUGGUCUGGAUGUGUGUCAUGGUCAGACAGGUUCACAGUCGGUCUACACAGACUACAGAGAACAGGAGAUCAUGUUCCACAUCUCUACCAAGCUGCCCUACACAGAGGGAGACAUGCAACAGCUCCAGAGGAAGCGACACAUAGGAAAUGACAUCGUAGGAGUGGUGUUCCAGGAAGAGGCCACACCCUUCGUAGCAGACAUGAUUGCCUCAAACUUCCUCCAUGCCUUCAUACUGGUGCAGGUGGACAACCCCUGUACCCAACAAACCACCUACAAGGUGUCAGUCACGGCCCGAGAGGGUGUACCUUCAUUUGGCCCGCCCCUCCCCAGUCCAGCAGUGUUUAAAAAGGGUCCAGAGUUUAGAGAGUAUCUUCUUACUAAGUUGAUCAAUGCAGAGAAUGCCUGCUACAAGAGUGACAGAUUCGCCAGGCUGGAGGAGCGGACGCGGGCGGCCCUGCUCGACGGUCUACAUGACGAGCUGCACAGACACACACAGCGCAUGCUGGGAGUGGGCAUCGGCCCCGAGGAGGAGCGGGCGGAGAAUGGACACGGCCACGGAGGACUGCUGGAGUCCAUCAAGAGGGCGAUGCGAGGAAGGAGUGUCUCCAUGGAGAUGAUGGCAAAGGGUGGAGGAGGUGGCCUGUCCACCAGUCUGAGUGGAGGAGUUCUGCUCCACAGCAGCUCUGAUGCAACUAAUGUUAAGUCUCCAGUGAAACGUCGCUCUGGUCUUUUCCCUCGUCUGCUCAGUAUAGACAGCCAGACAGAGAGACAUAACCACAAUCAUCGCAGUCUCCAUAGUGACCAGAGAAGCUUUGAUACUGGCCACCCCACGCAGGAAGUGAGGUCAGAGACCCUCUCUAACCCCAGCUCUCCAGAGGUCUCCCUUAAGGAAAGGCCCAUCAGUGUAAAGUUGAAUGAGUGCAGUGCCAGUAGGACUAACGUCUCAUGCUCCUCAUCUAGUACAAGUAGCUUCAGCAGUGCAGCAGGAGAGGGAGAGGCCACCGACACUGACCCUAACACCCUGGCACCCUCAGUGUUCCCUUCUGUUCACAGCCCCUCCCUCACUGUUGAAGGUCAGAGUUCAGGGACCCCUGUCAUUAUGUGUCGCAGCCCCACAGAGUUAAAGAAUAAGAGUUCUCCUAGAUCCAACUUGAAGUUCCGUUUUGAUAAAUUGAGUCACUCUGCAGCAGGACACUAGGUGAGAGACGUGGGAUGAGAGAGAGAUAAAACAGUUCAAAUGGGAUGGAGGUAUGAAGGGCAGUACAUUAGGGAUGGGUGGAGAGAAAUAACAAGAGAGAAAAGGCCCCUCCAACCUGAGGAAGAGGAUGAAAGAAGAGAAAUGGCUCAAGAUGGAUGAUUCGGUACACACACUACAGUGGAAGUUUUAGGCCCAGGCAAAGCUGUGCUCUGCCGAGUGGGUAACGGUCCUUUCAUAUUCAGCUGUCUGUGUGGUUGUUUCCUGAACACUGAUCAAAAUUCUAUGAGUGGUUCUGACAUGGGUCCUUGUCAGCAACUGAACUGCAUUCAAUACCAAACAUAACUGUAAGGCAUAGAUUCAAUUUAACAUCACUAAGGCCAGGAGUUUUUCCUGGAAAAAACAGGAAAAACUCUGGCCAUAGGCAUCACCAAUGGAGGCAAUAUUUAUGUCCAGACUGCCAUUCUUGGAAAGGGAAAAAUAAUCAUGGCUUACCAUACAAAAUAAAAUGUUACAAUCUGAGGGUCCCUGGAAUUUCUACACUGAACAAAUAUAUAAAUGCAACAUGUAAAGUGUUGGUCCCAUGUUUCAUUAGCAAGAAAUAAGGUCCCAGAACGAUACGUACAAAAAUAUUAUUUCUCUAAAAUGUUGUGCUCAAAUUUGUUUACAUCCCUGUUACUGAGCAUUUCUCCUUUGCCAAGAUAAUCUAUCCACCUGACAGCUGUGGCCUAUCAACAAGCUGAUUAAACAGCAUGAUCAUUUCAUGUGCACCUUGUUCUUCCAAUUGCUUGCAUACUCACCAGGCAUGUCACCCUUUGAGCAUGUUUGGGAUGCUCUGGAUCUACAUGUACGACAGUUUUCUCCAGUUCCCGCCAAUAUUCAGCAACUUCGCACAGCCAUGGACAAUCAGUGGAACAACAUUCUACAGCCUGAUCAACUCUACGCGAAGGAGAUGUUGCACUGCAUGAGGCAAAUGGUGGUCACACUAGUUACUGACUGGUUUUCUAAUCCACGCCCCUACCUUUUUUUUAAGUGUCUGUGACCAACAGAUGCAUAUCUGUAUUUCCAGUCAUGUGAAGUCAUAGAUUUAGGGCCUAAUUCAUUUAUUUCAAUUAACUGAUUUCCUUAUAUGAACUGAAACUCAGUAAAAUCGUUGAAAUUGUUGCGUGUUCCAUUUAUAUUUUUGUUCAGAAGGAAUAAAGUGAUUCCUGAUUCUGUUCUAAUUGUUCUAUUUCUCUGUCUGAAACAAUCAUCCAUGCAAAAGAGAAAAUGACAAUUCAAAAUCAAAGAAAAAGAAAAAUGUACCCAGCAAACAUCACUCUAUUGGCCCCAUGUGGGUAUUCGGUUGGCAAGGUGGGAACGGGCUAGCCCACACCAGGCCCACACCAGCCCAACAUGGACUAGCCCACAGCAAUCCCACAUCAGCCCAACACAGGCCAGUCCACACCAAGCCAGUAGCAUGUAUUCAUUGAUGCCAAGAGAAUCCAGGCUUCCCCCAAAAACGUACCAAGGAAAAAAGAAAAAUACAUACACAAUUAUUUGUCUUUUGUCUCUCUGUGUUUCAUAACUUCAGCCUCUUGUGAAUUGGAUGAAAUGUAUCGAACCGGAGAAAGCAUCCGAGCGAGCGAUCUGUGGAAAAGUUUUCCCAAAAUCUAUGCGUAUGACAAAUCCAGCUCCAGAACCAGUCAUAGAGCCAGCUGGCUAAUCUUUUGAAUACAGAUAACAUAUUAGCUGUAUUAAACUCUAUGUGGAAAUUCACAAACCCAAUUUGUGAAUAUGUAUAAGUCGCCUUCGUCAUUCUUCGGAGGUGGAAUCUAAACAUGCAUUUCCUCUCUAGGACAAGAAAUGACAUUGAAAUAGUGGUGAAAACUUCCUCUACACAUUGUUUCCACAUCAUGCCAAUGUGGGAAUGUUUCCUGGUAAAAGAUGGGCUUGUUUCAGGCAACGUGAGUGCUGCCUUUACCAGAUAUGGGCUGCCCACUCUGCACAAAUGCCUUUGAGACGAUGAGCAAAGGAGCAUUGGCCUAAUAUUGGCAGCCUACAUGAGGCCAAUAUUUUUGCCCCCAUUGGGCCCACAUCUUGCCAAUGUGGACAUGUUUACUGGGUAUAUUUUUGCACUAAACUGACACACUGUUGUGAAUAAUUCCUAGUAAGUGAUAUUGAUAUAAAUGUGCCGUGUAAUCAUGUUGCACAUAUACACUACUGUUCAAAAGUUUGUGGUCACUUAGAAAUGUCCUUGUUUUUGAAAGAAAAGCAAAAAGAAUUGUCCUUUAAAAUAACAUCAAAUUGAUCAGAAAUACAGUGUAGACAUUGUUAAUGUUGUAAAUGACUGGAAUGUAACUGGAAACGGCAGAUUUUUUUAAUGGAAUAUCUACAUAGGCAUACUGAGGCCCAUUAUCAGCAACCAUCACUCCUGUGUUCCAAUGGCACGUUGUGUUAGCUAAUCCAAGUUGAUCAUUUUAAAAGGCUAAUUGAUCAUUAGAAAACCCUUUCGCAAUUAUGUUAGUACAGCUGAAAACUGUGUGUUCUGAUUAAAAAAGCAAUAAAACUGUCCUUCUUUAGACUAAUUGAGUAUCUGGAGCAUCAGCAAUUACGGGUUCGGUUACAGGCUCAAAAUGUCCAGAAACAAAUAACUUUCUUCUGAAACUCGUCAGUCUAUUCUUGUUCUGAGAAAUUAAGGCUAUUCCAUGCGAGAAAUUGCCAAGAAACGCUGUGUAACUACUCCCUUCACAGAACAGCGCAAACUGGCUCUAACCAGAAUAGAAAGAGGAGUGGGAGGCCUCGGUGCACAACUGAUCAAGAGGACAAGUACAUUAGAGAGUCUAGUUUGAGAAACAGACGCCUCACAAGUCCUCAACUGGCAGCUUCAUUAAUUAGUACCCGCAAAACACCAGUCUCAACAUCAACAGUGAAGAGGCGACUCCAGGAUGCUGGCCUUCUAGGCAGAGUUCCUCUGUCCAGUGUCUGUGUUCUUUUGCCCAUCUUAAUCUAGUCUUUUUAUUGGCCAGUCUGAGACAAAAAAUGAGCUUUUCUUUCAAAAACAAGGACAUUUAUAAGUGAACCCAAACUUUUGAACGGUAGUGUUUAUAUAAAUCUAUAUAUAUAUUAUUAUUAUUAUUAUUUCUUUUAAAGAGCACACGUCUUGAAAAUUGUUUUCAUUCUCUCAUGUAAUUGCACUAAAAUACCUGCUGGUUAUGGGUGCGCUUGCUUCCAUGCUCGCCCGGGUGUCAGGCGGGUCUUGGUACUUCCCACCCUUGGAAAAUCCCUUUGGGCUGGGGUCAAGUGCACCCACUGACUAGAGCACCCACUGACCAGAGCACCCACUAAUGGGAGCGGCCAUUUGUGUUGUCUUUGCAUUGCACUGUUGAUGUUGUUGUCAAAAUUAUUUUUCAAAGAUAUACAAAAAUAAAAAUAGCACUGAAAGCACGAGUACUUAUUUUCCAACCAUUAUGCACCUAACCUCUCCUUACCAAACCUUAUUUUACCCAAGUGGUAAACCCUUAUCAAUAGUGUCUUAAAUUAUCCCCAUAACCAAGCACUGAAUCAAGUAAUUGUGUACAGUGAUUUUCACAUAUAAAUAUAGUAUAUGAAUAUAUAAUAUGUAUGUUAUAUGAUUGACAAAUGCCUAUUUGGAUUUAUGUGUGAUUGUAUGAUGAGGGACAACAGUUGUGGACGUUUCCUGAUGUCUAUUGUUGUUACCCCUGGUAAUGUAUAGAUUAUAGCCUAUAUACUAUUUAUGAUUGAGCACAUAGCUAACCCUAUGACUGUGAUAUAUGGGUCAGACAUAAACAAUAAAAAAUGUAGGUUUUGUGUUGCCAUUGUCUUGACUCUCAUGUCUUUAACUCAUGUAAAUCAAAUUGACUUAUGUGCCAAUGGAGAAUUUGCUGAAUAAAAUGCUGUAUUUUGUGUCACAA